UUCCGGGUCAUGUCGUCGUCACACGGAAAAACCAAAACAAGUGGAUGACAUUUCUGACAGAAGCGGCCCGAACGGCGCCACCGGGAGAAGGUAACGAGCACGAACCACGUCGAGCCGACCCGGUCCCGGUGUCCCCCGCCUCACAGUACAUACUGGAAGCGUGUCUUCACUGCUGGUUCACUCUAUUUCAGUAAGAGCGGGCUAGCCCAAUGCUAACCAGAGCUAGCAUCAUGGGAGGGGGGCGGCUGCCAUAGCAACCGUCUGAGAAACACUGUGGCGCUUAAUGCUAGCUUAACCAGCUAGCUAGCUAGCUAGAUAAUACAUCUCCCACCUUAGUGACUCACGGUGAGCGCGGACCGCCUCGUCGCUCCUCGUCUAGCGGGCUUUAGAGACCUCAGAGCCCGCGGCCAUGCGUCGCUGCCCGGGUCGCGGCGGGCUGGAACUGAUCUGGGCUGUGAUCUGAUCAGACCCGAGCCUCACGUCACUUGUCAGAGGGCGAGAGGAGCCGCCAGACUAUCUGGUCCACCCCGACAGUCAGUCCUUUAACUGUCACGUUGCCUCCGUGUCUCAGGGUCCACCAGGCAGUGCGUGUUGUUGAGUGGGUUGAGCUCUGUGGGCUGUGAUCCAAGACCUUUUGGGGUCGCGACCGCCGGCCGAUGGACCGCUGCUAACGCGGGCUGCGGGCUGCGACCCCACAAGCAGAACGAUCAUACAUGUCCAGGUAUCAUCUGUCUGUAUGAUCUGUCUGCUUGUGGGUCGCAGCCUGCCGAUGGAGCGCUGCUAGCGUCGGAGGUAGCAGACGUUGCUGAACCUGGUUCUGUUCAGACCUCAGCGUACUGGGGCAUUAUUUGUUCGAGUUGACAUGUGGAUACCGGUUUGAUAAUUCUUGUUGGGGUGACGGAAAUGCUUUACUAUAGACUGGCAAGUUAAUCAAUCAGCUAACUCACGUGGAUUAGCAUAGUGAAGCUAGUUUGAAUCAAACGUAAUGAUAUUUGAAAGUAUAUUUUUAUGUCAAAGCAGCAAAGGGCUUUUUUACUGCUUACUCAAUCAAGUAUAUCUCAAUAUCAAAAGUGAAUGUCGUCGUGACUUUCAGGUGUCCGUUUCCCUGGGGUUAAGUCAUGGACUGGAAUUCCCUGGGGUUUAAAGUCAUGGAUUUGUAUUCCCGGUGGUUUAGAAGUCAUGGAUUUCUAUUCCCUGGGGUUUGAAAUUCAUUGAUUUGUCUAUUUCCUGUGGGUUAAAAGUUAUAAUCAUCUGCAAAUGUCUUGUUUUUCCAAAUGUGGUGCUGUUAUUUCUACAAAGAAAGCUGAGGAGGGGGUGAAGGGUCAUUGGUUGUUUAUGUGCCUAUUCACCAAUAGUAAUUCUGCUAUUUUAAUAUUUAGCUCGUUUGAGUAUGGAUGUAGAUGACUGCAAUGGCUCGUCCUAUAUAUCAGGUGCAGCAAGUGGUGAGUCUUCAGUGGAGAGGGAGUUUCCUGGGGCGCCCGGGGUUCCAUCAGCAAGCACCCCCAACAGCCAGCACACCUCUCCUAGCCGCUCGCUCAGUGCUAACUCCAUUAAGGUGGAGCUGUACAGCGACGAUGAGCCGGGCCGGGGGGGUGAGGAGGACGCGGGGGAGGACGGGGGUCCGGACCACGGGGGGGAGGGCGGAGGGGCCUACAGGGAGAUGAACCACGUGGACGCCAUGACCUCCGGAGCCACUCGACUUCCCAACGGGAAGCUCAAGUGUGACAUCUGUGGCAUGAUCUGCAUCGGACCCAACGUCCUCAUGGUGCACAAGCGCAGCCACACAGGUGAGCGACCCUUCCAGUGUAAUCAGUGCGGCGCUUCGUUCACUCAGAAGGGAAACCUCCUCCGACACAUUAAGUUGCACUCGGGAGAGAAGCCCUUUAAAUGCCCCUUCUGCAGUUAUGCCUGUCGUAGGAGAGACGCCCUCACCGGCCACCUCCGCACUCAUUCGGUGUCCUCCCCUACCGUAGGGAAGCCCUACAAGUGCAGCUACUGCGGGCGGAGCUACAAGCAGCAGAGCACCCUGGAGGAGCACCGCGAGCGCUGCCACAGCUACCUGCAGAGUCUGGAGACGCUGCACCCCGCCAGCACCCACCUCCCAGGAGAGGAGCUGAGGUUCACCCCUGACUCUGUGCUGCAGCCGCCCUCAGACCAGUUCCUCGACGGCCUCACUAGUAACUUCGCCAAGCGAAAGAGAUCAACACCACAGAGAUUUGUAGGACAGAAGCACAUGCGUCUCGACAUGGCCGACGCGCCCUACGAGCUCAGCGCUGCGUUUGAGAAGGACGGAGACCUGAACCCUGCCCACCUUGAGACGCCCCACUUCCCCGGUCUGGGGGGAGACUACGCCGCUGCCCCAGGUGGAGGAGGUGGAGGUGAUGGAGGUGGAGGAGGAGGGGAUGGAGGAGGAGGGGAUGGAGGAGGAGGAGGGCUGACGGAGCAGCCCGCGCCACCCCGCGGCCCUCCGUCGGCUCGGCCCUUGCGUUUGUCGGAGCUCCGCCCCUUGCUCAGCUCCGCGCACAGAGCCCCGCCCCCUCCGCAGGGGGCGCGGCUGGACUGUAUGGGGGGCGGAGCCGGGGUCGGCGGCCCCGGGGGACGGGAAGCGGCGGAGGGCCACGAGGACCUGCCCCCUGGCCGCAGCGGCGCGCCGUCGCCUAGCAACGGUUGCCAGGACUCCACGGACACAGAGAGCCUGCACGACGAGCCGCAACUCCUCCACCACCACCACCACCACCACAACAACCUCCACUACAGCGGCGGCCCGGGCCCCGCCCCCCCGCCGCACCACCGGGCCCGAGGGAGACCCCUCCCCGGGCACGCCAAAGACGCGGAGCGGGAGGAGGGCGCCCCCCCGGGGGGCCACGCCUUCGCCGCCGCCCAGCCCACGCCGGGCUCCCCCGCCGCCCCCUCCUCCACCUCCCGGGAGGCGCUGCGGGUGGUGGACGGGGACGGGCGCGCCGUGCGGUCGUUCCGCUGCGAGCACUGCCGCGUGCUGUUCCUGGACCACGUCAUGUUCACCAUCCACAUGGGCGCGCACGGCUUCCGCCAGCCCUUCGAGUGCAACAUCUGCGGGCACCGCAGCCAGGACCGCUACGAGUUCUCCUCCCACAUCGUCCGGGGGGAACACCUGCUGGAGUGAGGAGUCGGGGUCGGGCAGGAGGUCACCUGAUCCACCAGGAGGGCUCCUAUUGGAAGGACCCCCCCCCCCCCUGCUCCUUUUGGAGGGAACCCGCUGCUCCUAUUGGAGGAACCGCCCUGCUUUGCUCCUAUUGGAGGAACCCCGUUGCUCUGCUCCUAUUGGAGGAACCCCCUUGCUCUGCUCCUAUUGGAGGAACCCCCUGGCUGAGUUUGAUCUGCACAACGUACCCACAGAGGGAUCGGUAGUGGUCCACACUGGCCUCUGAGUCAGGACACUUGAACUAGUAGAUUCUCUAGAGAGGUGUGGCUUAAAGAGAACUCCAAGGAAGGUCACAUCAUUUUAAAUCUAAAAACAAGGUCCUAUCAUUCUUAAUGCACUUUGAACGAUGAAUAUCUCUGAAAAUGCACUUUUGAAUUAUUUUAUUAUAGUAGAUGAGUCAUCACUGCACCUUUCUAUCUUCAGAAGUGCCUUGCUCUAAAACAAUAUUUGACCCUUUGCUUUCUGAUCAACAGUAUAUGCUUGAUGUUAUUUAAUGUCUGAGAAGUUCCCCUCGUCUGCACUUUGACCGAGAUAUUGCAAAAGAAUAGCUUAAGAUGUGGUCGCGGUCCUUUUUAAAACGAGCUCACCGUACACGGUGAAGUCGACACUUGUAUUCCUUUUUCUUUUUUUUUUAAGAUAAGCUUAAGAGCACUUUCCUCCAGCUUCAUUCCUCCACUCUCUGAAGGUGGGGGCUUCUCUGUCGGGGCCAGGAGGGGUUUCGAAUGCAGACCAAACUUGGCCCGACCUGUACGAGGAAGCGGUCUGGACCUCGGUUAGGAAAGCACUUUGUUAGCUGUGGUGAGCUGUGUGUGUAGAGGAUGAAGGGACAGGGAAGAGACCCAUGUGAAGGGAAACUGAAAGGCUUUUAUUGGUGUGAAUGGUGGAUAGAAAUGUAUGAUAUAUCUAUUUUUCUGGCUUUUGUUGCACUGAUACCUGCCGGAACACAAUUAUAUGAAAAUAUUUUAUGGGAGAAUACAUUUAUGACAUGCACAUUUCACUGAAAGUCUAAGGAAAGAAGGUUAUUUUUUUCAAAGAAGAGUCAAAGCGUUUCAAAUUCCCUCUAAAGAGGACAGACACUGCCACUCACAGGAAGACGACUCGUCCAUGAAGAUGUCCUGAACCCCUCCCCUUACUUAUGAAACACAACCAAACUGUUUAUGUGGGGUGUAUUUCAGGUAGUGUACAGUUUGGACGGUGCCUUUAUGACCGGGACUCGAUUGAAGGACAUGAAACCAAAUGUCACGUCUCGACAGGUGAUCCGCCACGUUGUCGGCGACUCUGAGCGAACUCUUCUGAACCUCUGAUUGGGUUCUGCAGAGACGGGAGAGGCAGAAGUACACAGUGGGAUCUAUUCCAACUCCCUUUUUGGAGAAGUAGCGUAUGCUUAUUUGAGAUGGCCUUGAGGUGCAUUGGAUUUGAAACACGUUUGAAAUGAGUUUUGAAGUUUUCUGCCCUUUAGUUAUAACCUGGCUUUAUUAUCGUCAUAGAAUAUUAAUUGACCGCCCAUUUGAUGGAAGAAUUCACUUUAUAUUUCACAAGUAGAUGAUGUUUGAAAUGACAUCCUGUAGCGUUUGGGUUCGAUGGCGUUUCAGUGCUGUUGAGCUGCUCUGUUUUGAUUCUCCUCUCUGGAAUUUCUACCAGCGGUCUGUUUAAACUGCAAAUAGGCGUCCUUAAUAUUUUUUUAAGCAGAGGAAGUGGGCGGGGUUAAGUCGUUAAACUCAACACAUUUUUCUUGGACUUGGCCAAAGAACAUCUUCUCAUUAUGAUGUUUGUACUGAACGUGUUUCCUUUGAUGUGGGAGAGGUGGAGUCCCAUCUUUGAGUUCCAUAUACCGGUUCAACCGGUUGGUACCAUCAGUGAUUCUGUCCCCUGAUCUUGUCCAAAUAGGUGUGCAAUUCCUGCCCUGGUUGACGGUGUUAUUCAUGUUGACCUCAGUUCCUCCUGCAGGCACCGCUGAUACACAACACUGUUUUCAUCGUUUGUUUUGUCUAUCUUUAGAAAAAGAAAUCCACUUAAUUUAAGAUGGUCCCCUUUUUAAAAAAACGUUAUGCCCUAUACUAGCAGCAAGACACUGACAUGUUUUUAUAUAGUUUCACUCGUUCACUGUAUUGGUAGUGACUGAUGUAAAUUCACCCCAUGGGCGUCUCAUUCAGAUGAUUCUGCAUGCGUUUGUGUAUUACAAGGUGGAAUGUGUUCACACCCAUUGUUGUAAGAGAGCGAUCUAAAGGAAAGACCCCUGGUGUGAUGAGAGGGUGAAAUUAGUUCAGUCUGCCUUGCUUCUGUGCCUUUUGCCUUGGGAGUUCACCAUGUAAUUCUUCAAUGUUUGGUGUGCUAAACAUUUUGUUCCCCCCGUUCACAUCAGAGUGCUAAAUUAGGACAACAAUCAAUGGCUGAAGUGGGCAGAAUGGUAGACUCCACCUAUUGAGGGAGACCUCACCCAGCGGUAAAUCACUGCCGCCGUUGAGCUCUGAUACAGCCGCUGGUCACCUGACACACUCGUAUCAGUGCCUAGUUCCCCACGCUUAAGAAGUUUACCUGUUUGUGAUCUGAUGCUGAAUCGUGUCCAUCUCCUGUUCCUGCAACGCCCGAAACUGCUUCUUAAUAUCAGCACUGUAAAUACUCUCUGAUCGCUUUAAGUAACUGCAGAGCCUUUUUAAAUGUAUCCAACGUAUGCAAGUACUUGUUUCAAUCUUAAAACUACUGUCGGUUUUGUACUGUAAGCAGAGUCUAUUAAAAAUAAAAUAUUUGACAAACUA